GUAUGUGUACGCGCCUGUGUACAUGUGUUAGCUUGCGAUGGCGUGUGUGUGCGCGCGCAUAUGCGAGAGUAGUUUCGACAGAGAUUUUUUUUUACUGAAGUUACUUUUUCUCCCUCAGUCCCUCUACUCCCUGCUUUUUAUUGGAGGAAAUUUGGUCAGCUGACAUUGUCAUCUUGUCCAUCCUAGAGUGAGGCUUUAGCAACAACAUUCGGCGGUGCCUUGUGUCUUUAUUGGCGUCCAGAAAUACAUUAUAAAGAAAUCAUACAGCGUGCCUGUAUUAAAAUAUAGACUGACAGUGAAAAAAAGAGAUUGACUUAAUGAGUGUGAGAGAGGGAGAGAAUAAAAAGAGAGCUGAUAUUGAAAGGGAGGGAGGGAAGGGAAAGAGAGGGAGCAAGGGAGAGAGGGAGGUAUGAAUUCUUAUUUCGCAAACCCGUCGCUCUCAUGCCAUUUAGCUGGUGGUCAAGAGGUUUUACCAAACGUGGCCCUAAACUCAACUACCUAUGACUCAGUUCGACACUUCUCCUCCUACGGAACCGCUGUAGCCCAAAACCGGAUAUAUUCCUCGCCUUUCUAUUCUUCCCAAGACAACGUUGUAUUCGGCUCGACCAGGGGACCGUACGAGUAUGGAUCCAACUUGUUUUACCAAGACAAGGACGUGCUGCCCAGCUGUAGGCAGAGCAGUUUGGGACAAGGUUCACAAAGCUCGCUCGCGCAGGAUUACCCGUCUGAUCAAAGCAGGAACGGCUCACAGGAACAAAAGGGGGACAUUCAGAUCUACCCGUGGAUGCAGCGGAUGAACUCUCAUAGCGGAGUUGGAUACGGUUCUGACAGGCGAAGAGGACGCCAAAUUUACUCCCGAUACCAAACUCUAGAACUCGAAAAGGAAUUCCAUUUCAACCGCUACUUGACGAGACGCAGACGUAUCGAAAUCGCCAAUGCACUAUGUCUCUCCGAACGUCAGAUAAAAAUCUGGUUCCAGAAUCGCCGGAUGAAAUGGAAAAAGGAAAGCAAUCUAACUUCUACUCUCGCCGAAAGUGGUUCGGCAGGGGCAAGUCAAGACACAGGAAAAGAGGACACAGAAGAGGCGACAGAAGAGAAGAAAGAAUGAACGACUUCAUAUCUUAGCCUACUAUAUGCAUCAAUCCGCCGUGAUGUGAGAAUAACUUAACUACCUAGCAAGUACCUAGCAACUAUUUUUUGGUACAAUAAAAACACUAGUGUAUUCAAAGAUAUGGCUGCGUUAAAUGCGAUGUGGAUGCAAGAUAUCUCCAGACGUCAAUGUUUGCCUUUUUCAUUUUAUUCUGUAUUGAUAUGAACUUUUCACGGUGACCACAGAAUUUCUUUCCUUACUUGACAUUCCCUCAUAUAGCCUACCCAGACUGUUUGUAACGCGAAGACGUUCAUUAUUGUAUUUUCGUAAAUGUUGUUGGACAACGAUGCAAAACACAUGGUUCUCAGAUGUCUGUACACCUAUGACGAAUAUGUUUUUCCAAAAAUAAUUGUCAAAAGAAUAUGUGAAUGAAACUACAAGCGUUACAUCCACUUGUGUGAAGUAUUUAUGUUUUUUGGUUUUGCUGUUCUGUUGUACGAAAAAACUAUGCUGAAUAAUAACGACCCACACUACCUAAAUCGUUUAUACGUUUGUAUAUAUAUAUAUGUGUAUCUGUUAUACAUGCCUUAGCCCUGUGAGAGCGUUUGUGUGCAACCCGCAACUUUUUUUGUAGUAAGUAGGCCUACUUUAUUUAUGUUUAGAUAUGUACCAGUAGCCUACAUUGAGUAUGUGGUCAAAUAAUAAUUGACCGAUGUGGCUUAGAUUGUAGCGUUAGAUGAAAAUCUAAAAUUAAACAAUAACAGUGAUGUAUGACAUUUACGUCAAGUCAUAUUUAAUAAAACUGUUAAUAAAAAAGUUGUCCAUGUCUUUGCGCCCACCAUACCAAGUUAGUCUCGUUCUCAAACAGCAGCAUUAUAGCCCUCCAUGCAGGUUAAAUGUGUACACAUGUCAUUGUUCAAGUUUUUUAUCCGUCAUAUAAUAGACCCAAAGCCAGCUACCCACCCAUUAAUGUUUUUUUGACGUUCUUUUUUUUAAUUCAAAGCUUUGCCAUUUAAAAUAAAUGAAUGUUCUGUGGCUCUCUGAUAUUUGUCUGUGGCUCUCUGUGUUAGGGCUCACUGAGAUGUUAAAGCAAUUCAAUUUACCCACAUUUUUUCAAAGCCAUGCAGUGAAAUCUUUGAAUAGGCUAGUCAUUUCAAAUAGCUACAUAAAUAUUGGAAAAUGUGGAUGGGGAGAGGAGAGGAAACGCAAAUCACACACAAUUCGAUAGAAAAUCACUGUGUGAGGCCUGUCUAAUUUCCUAGUCUGAAUAUACUUCCAUUUCAUCUUACACUGUAUGGUUUACGGUUGUGAUUCGUGUUAUUAGGUAGGCCUAUAUGUUUACGGAGGACAUUCUGUUUGCCUUUGUCUUUUCAGAUUAACCAGUGAUGCAACUUCAAUAAAGACAACUUGGGGUUUCA